CGUUGUUUCUGCCUAGGGAUCAUAUUGAGGAAGUGUGGAAUGUGAGCUAUAGGGAAGCAUAGCAGAGAUGUGUGCUCUCCUAAAUGGUAGUUAUUGUUUAUGCCACAAGAAUAGUUGAGGUGGUGGUGUUGAGAGCAUAAAGGCUUGUGCACAGGACUGUAGACUGAAAUUAAGAAUUCUCUUCAUUGUUGUUCCCUAAAGAAGAUCUAGAUGACAAUGUAGACAAAAGUUCCCUCUCCUUAGCCUUCAUUUCUCUUACCUUCUAAAAUUUGAUUCAAUUUUGCAAGGCUUUUGAUACCUUCUGCAAAGUACUACUGCAUACCUUCAUUUCUCAGAGUCUCCCCUCAUGUGUGAAACCCUCUGGGGAAGAGGCUAUGGACAAAACCAUUGGCAAACAGCAGAAACUGGCUUCAGACAAAAUGCUGUCAUACAUAGCAAAUGAAGAGACAGGAAAAAACAUUUCUGUAAUUUUCCAGCAGAGAUUUUACUUAUAAUAAGAGUGGAAGGCACAUUUCCAGAUAGAGACAGAACAUACUUCACGUGCAGAAAGGAAAAGACGUGAUUCAUUCGGGAUGUUUGACGGUUAUGAUAGUUGUAGUGAGGACACCAGCAGCAGCUCCAGUUCAGAUGAGAGUGAAGAGGAGGUUGCUCCUUUGCCGUCCAGUCUCCCAAUUAUAAAGAACAAUGGACAGGUCUAUACUUAUCCAGAUGGCAAAUCUGGCAUGGCUACAUGCGAGAUGUGUGGAAUGGUUGGUGUCCGUGACGCUUUUUACUCUAAAACGAAACGCUUCUGCAGUGUAUCGUGCUCUAGAAGUUAUUCAUCCAACUCCAAGAAGGCCAGCAUUCUGGCCAGGCUUCAGGUAGCGGGUAAACCUCCAACAAAGAAGGCUAAAGUUCUACAGAAACAACCUUUAGUGGCUAAAUUAGCAGCAUAUGCUCAGUACCAAGCAACUUUACAAAACCAGGCAAAGACUAAAGCAGCAGCUGUCCCUGUGGAAGGUUUCAGCUGGGGUAACUACAUCAAUAGCAAUAGCUUUACAGCAGCUCCUGUUACCUGUUUUAAACAUGCACCUAUGGGGACAUGCUGGGGUGAUAUCUCAGAAGGAGUGCGGGUGGAGGUUCCAAACACUGACUGCAGCCUACCUACCAAAGUCUUCUGGAUAGCUGGAAUUGUAAAAUUGGCAGGCUACAAUGCACUGCUAAGAUAUGAAGGCUUUGAAAAUGAUUCAAGUCUUGACUUCUGGUGCAACGUUUGUGGUUCUGACAUCCACCCAGUUGGUUGGUGUGCAACCAGUGGGAAGCCCCUAGUUCCUCCUCGAACCAUCCAACACAAAUACACAAACUGGAAAGCUUUUCUAGUGAAACGACUUACUGGUGCCAAAACACUUCCUCCUGACUUUUCUCAGAAGGUGUCUGAGAGUAUGCAGUAUCCCUUCAAAACUUCCAUGAGAGUAGAAGUUGUUGACAAAACACACCUUUGUCGAACAAGGGUAGCAGUUGUAGAAUGUGUCAUUGGGGGACGAUUAAGAUUGGUGAAUGAAGAAAGUGACGACAAAACUGAUGACUUCUGGUGCCAUAUGUACAGUCCCCUCAUACAUCAUAUUGGUUGGUCUCGAAGUAUAGGACACAGAUUUAAAAGAUCUGAUAUUACAAAGAAACAGGAUGGACAUUUUGAUGCACCCCCACAUUUAUUUAUGAAGGUAAAAGAGGUUGAUGCAGCUGGAGAAUUUUUUAAAGAAGGGAUGAAAUUGGAAGCUAUAGACCCCUUAAACCUUUCGGCAAUAUGUGUGGCAACCAUUAGAAAGGUUUUAGCAGAUGGCUAUCUUAUGAUUGGGAUUGAUGGCUCAGAAGCAGCAGAUGGGUCUGAUUGGUUUUGUUACCAUGCCACUUCCCCUUCUAUUUUCCCUGUUGGUUUCUGUGAAAUUAACAUGAUUGAACUAACUCCACCCAGAGGUUAUGCAAAACUCCCUUUUAAAUGGUUUGACUACCUCAGGGAAACUGACUCAAUAGCAGCACCUGUAAAGCUCUUCAACAAGGAAGUUCCAAACCAUGGGUUUCAUGUUGGAAUGAAACUGGAGGCUGUUGAUCUGAUGGAACCUCGCCUGGUAUGUGUGGCCACAGUAACUCGCAUUAUCCAUCGUCUUCUGAGAAUACACUUUGAUGGAUGGGAAGAUGAGUAUGAUCAGUGGGUGGACUGCGAGUCCCCAGACCUCUAUCCAGUGGGAUGGUGUCAGCUAACUGGAUAUCCACUACAGCCGCCAGCGCCACAGUCAUCAAGAGACAGCCAGUCGAGUUCCUCGAAACAGAAGAAAAAAGCUAAAUCACAGCAGUAUAAAGGACAUAAAAAAAUGACUUCAUUGCAACUGAAGGAGGAGUUGCUAGACGGGGAAGAAUACAGCUUCCUUCAAGGAGCAUCUGAUCAGGAAAGCAACGGAUCUGCCAGUUACUACAUCAAACAAGAACCAUGAGGCAGCUCAGAGAAGUGAGGGGCAGAGAACUGGUGACAGGAAAAGCCUUUCUCCAAGCCUGACUGAUUUUGCUCCCACUUGGAGGGUGCAGUUCAGGUGACUGUACCUGGGGCACUUUGCUAACUGUAGAUGAGUUAGACUCAGUCCAGAACUUUUUUUGGAAGGGCGGGGAAACUAUUUUAGUGAAAAAGAUUUUUCAAUUUAUUAAAAAAACGGGAUAAAAAGGACACUUUUGUGUUGUAUUUGAAGCUUUUGAAAGAAUUUUGUAAUAUUUUCAAGUUCAGAUUUAUUGUGCAUUGUUAACAAGAACUGAAAAUCUAAUUUUUUGGUAAGAUUAAAGUUUAAUUAGCAUGAUUGUGGGAAGCGGUUGGAGGAAGCUAUAGGUGCAAAUACAAAAGAACUGUCAUUACAAAUGAACCUUUUUGGUACAAGUUGGGGAGACUUUUAGACUCUUGUGAACUGCACUGGUCACGCCUCUGUUUUUUUGGUUUAUUUGGGUUUUUUAAUUGUGAAAAUAAGGCAUUUAAGCCCUAAUUUAGAGGCAUAAAUUGUUUGUGGAAGAUAGUCAUGUAAAGCUCUACUCAAUGAGUAGCCCCAGUUGCAACGGAGCCAUCGCCUGAGGAUUUUAACUUUUCAAGAUGUUUUUCUUUAGUUUAAAAUACCUUUAUAUAUAUAUAUAAGAUUUUUUGUGGUUUUAAGUUCCUUAGGGUCUGAUUCAGUGCCCGUCAAUAUCAGUAGCCUUGUCUCCAAUGACUGCAGUGGUCAUUGGAUUGGGACUAUGAAGCUCUUCUCUGUACAUGAAUGUCUGUAGACUUGGAAUGCUUCAGCAAAUGUUUACAGAGCCCUAUGCCAAACUGGAACUUCAGCAAAUCCCCUUAUUUGAAAGAUUGAUUUUAGCUAUAAAUUUAGACUAAAGAAGAAACUUAGACAAACAGUAGCUCAGGCCUCCCUUAGUCAUGGGAAGGAACUUCUGAGUAUUCCUUCUGAUGUUUUUUCCCAUUCAGAAUAACCCAGCUGUUUCCUUACCAUCUUACAUGUUUAUUUGUGAACAUUCAAACCUGAUGUUCCACGUGGUUUCAGGUGAGCUAAAAGGAGCCAUACAUUGUAGGUUAAAAAGAGUUCCGUUCCGCACAGCCUGCAAUAUUCCUUUCUUGCUGCAAUAGCAUAAUAUGGAAGGUGAGACUUGAGAACAGUAUGUAAAUCAUAUGCUGUCUAGUAUAUAAUUCAUAAACUGGAUUUGCUUAUUGCCUGGAAUCCUUGUGUCUCACUUCUAGUAUCCCAUUAGCCCCACCUGCUUAACUGUCCAGGUUUUUUAAAGGCAAUGUGAAAGGGUGGGAACAACUACCAGUAUAAUCCAGAGUAUUUAGCAUGAGCUCUUAGUUCGGAUUCCAUCCUUCCAUGUUUUUUAACCUUUGUACUUUUUUGUAACUGAUGUCAUUCAUGGUGUUGAAUAACGAAAUUGUUCAACCCUGCAGAGCUGUGACUGGGAAAAUGUGCAUCAAGAGCUUUAGCUUUUACCAGUAAGGUUCAUUAACUAAACUCUCAGGAAUUAACUGCGUAUGUUCUACAAGUGCUUCUGGGUCUUCACAGGUCCCCCUUUCAGAGCAGUACAAUGAUCAUCUGACUCUUGACCGUAAAUUAGGGCUUAAAAGAGAAACUAAUCAAAAUGAUUAACAUCUGUGUUCCUACAGCCUAAGAAAUGCUUUAAGGAUAUGAACCCACAGAGCCCCAGGAGACCAUUUUUGUAUAUUGUUGUUUAAGCUUAAAAAACAAACCAAGUGCAUAGAAAGUUGAAAACCAGCAAUUUGAUUAUUUUCUAAAAUAUUGCUCUAACUUUGGGUACAUAGUAUUGGUGAUAUGCACAGGUUUACCUCAUUCUAUGCAAGAGGGGUUAAUUAUGUAAAGUUUUGUAUUUACUACUGGAAGUAAAACUGUCCUGUAUAGUGUAGGAAUGUCUGGAAUUCUUUUCUCCCUUACUGGUAACGUUUCUUAAAUCAUGACCCCUGUUUACCAACAGCUUCUUAUAUUGACAGAAUCUGGUUAUCCGAUGAUAAGUGUCUGUAACUUCAGAUGGUGAAGACAUUUUAGCUUUCUAAAAUAGCCAUAAAAAGGACUUUGUCCGGCUUGGUAGACUUCGAAUAUGUUAUGUCAGCUUCUGACGUAUCCACAGCUUUUCUUUUGAACAGCCUGGAUUGGAGGAGUAGGAUUAGAGACCAUUGCAAUGACACUUUGAGCCUUGACUAACUUCUUUUUCCCCCGUGUUCUCAAUUUUAACCUACUUUACAAUCCAGCUCUGCAAGCACUGACGUGGUUUGGUAAGUACCUCGCUAUUGAUUUUUAUUGUUUAUAAUGCAGAGCCUUGCAGAUUGUCCCAGUCAAGCUGAACCAAGGUUGGCACAAUCUUGCUUUCUUCUCUCAUCUUCUGACUUAAGUCAAAAAACUGUUGCAUUAAUUUGUGUUUUAUUAUGUGGAAGCUCAGGCUGCUAAUAAGGUAUAUUGCCAAGUCUGUGAACCUUGGGCUUCUGUGUGUUGCCCAGGCUUGUACCUGACUUCUAAGUUACGGUUUUCAAAUGUCAAGAGGGAAAACUAGCACUUACAUUGAACACACUUCCUGUGUGGAGAAAUGUUAAGAAUCAGAUUUGAAGUCUCUCAGUCUUUAUAAUGUUCUUUUAAAAUGGGUAUUUUAUUCACUAAACACUAAAGGAUGUGAGUUGAAGCAUUUUCGGAUACAUGUGUAGCUUCAGUAUGAGUUGGGUGAAAUCUCUCAUGUUUCUGAAUUCCAGAUGUACCUUAAUUGUCAAGUACAGUGAAACCUGUCCAAAGCAAACCAUGUAAAGAGCCAAUUGAAGUCACUUCGGAGAGGAUUAAGGAGAACCCAAGCAAAAUUAUGCUGGGUAUUUAGAGUAGUCUCUUAAGGAGCAGGCAGCUGGCUGUGGUACCCACGGAGUAGGCUUCACUGUAGUCAGUAACAUGGCUCUUGGUGUGUUUAUCUUCACUUUAAGCCAUGUGAGGUGGCUAGAAGAGCAGCCAAGCAUUGGACAUCUGAAAUCUUCAGUGGGGUCAAACUGAUUUCAGUAUUGGGCACAGCUGGUGUUCAUACGCCUACGGUAGUGCAAGUGGUAACUUACUUUGUGGCUACCCUUCUGUUACUGCUCGGAAUCCUUCUGCUGGUCUUUGGGUUUUAUGUUAUUUUCAAUACAGGUCUUUUAACCUUGCUGCAUCUGAGGAAAGCUAAAGCAGUUACCGAUUCCUUGUCCUACGGAUACUAACACGGGUUUCAGUGUUUGUUUGGUUUUUUUAUUGUUGUUUUUAUGUGAUGUGAAUACCCUCUCCCGUCAAUAUUUGUACGAUGGUGCUAAUAUAUUUGGUAACAAUCCUUUAUUGGGAAGGGAUUUUAAAAAAAACUGUGAUUGAAACUGAAUUUUUCUUCCUUUUCAUAUUUAACACAAAAAACCACAGCCAUUUAUACAAGCAAAAGGCAUCAGCUUUGGCCCCUGGGAAAACGUUGGGGGCGGGAAUCAAGAUUAAAUGGGAUUUUUACAUCAUUUCUGUAUGUAUUUGAUAUAUAGAUCAAUAUCUGUACAAAUUUAAUCUUUUAUUUUCUUGGUAAUUUGUGUGGUCAAUGAGAGAGUUAUUUAAAGCUUUCUCAUGCAGUGUACAUAACUAAGUGAAAAAAAUGCUUUUGGAGAAAUUAAUGUUCCUUUCAUUUUUAUGAGACUGCAGAUUUUCAGCAUGGAUGUGAAAAGCAUUAAAAUUAUAACUUUGUGUACAAGAUGAAAAUAAUUCACUAAAUUUGCCUUUUUUACACAAAAUAAAAAUGACAAAAAG